AACGGACUCAUUUUUAGUCGCGUAGCCAGUGAAAAGCGACACACAUUUGAAGUUUGUGUUGCUCUGCUGCUGCACGUCAAAAUUGCGCUAUGCAAUUGGAACACGGUUUUUGUUUUUGUUUCUGUUGUUUGUUUUAAAUAUUUUUAUUGGUUUUUUUCUGCAUAUCUUGAACUGAAAAUGGCUCAAUCGGUACAACAUAAAUACGAUGAUUUCGGUAAAUUCGUGUCAGAGUGUAAAAACUUUGUGAAAUCGAUCGAAAAUUAUACGGGAAACGACCGAUUGAUCAAUUGGUACGAGUAUUUGCUGUGGAUAGAUGAAAAUUUCAUCACCGAUUUCGAAAACGAGACGAUAUUCAAUCAAAUCCUGGCCGCGUGUUUGGUUCAAUUCGAGCAUGAAGAACGAUACACGCAAGAUCGACGAUUGGUUAAACUUUUCAUCAAAUAUAUCCACUUCCAAGAGGAACCAAAUACCCAUUACGAAGCAAUGAUAUCGAAGGGCAUCGGCGUAAAAGUAGCGGAUUUGUACAUCAACUGGGCAUUUUACUUCGAUGACAACCGUGACUUUGAGAAAGCAAAUGAAAUUUUCAAGCGUGGUUUGAAAGCUGAGGCUCAACCAAUGGAUUUGUUGAAAUCAGCCCAUGAAGAAUUCAUGCGAUCAAUGAAACAACGAGCACUCCAUGGAACAAGCGAAGAAUAUCAAAGAGACACACACAACCGUUUGGAGCGAAUAGCAACACUUCGAAUAUUUGGAGCAAGCCUCAAUCAAUCAAAGUCAUCAGCGUUGAAUCAGUUCGACAAAUCAACUCUGAUGAACGUUUGCAUCCCGAAUACGGUAUCGCCAAAUCAUUCAACGCCAGAAAAGUGCAACACUCUCGCUUCACGGAAUAUUACCGACAGUGUGGAAACUCUACGAAUGCGCAUAAUAAGAAAUAAUCGAAUCCCGGUCUGCAUGUGUGACGCUGAUUUUGGUAGCUCGUAUACAUGUCAACCGUGCAGAGAUAGGCGUGCGACGAGUAUUCGACUGGGUCAUGAUUUUAAGUCGAAGAAUUUGCCGCAAACACAGUCACCUGGGCUGCCGUACUUCGAUCCACCGAAAGCAAGCUUCAACGACAUUUGGCAGCAGAUGGUGCCCGGCUACGAUAAAAUCAUGAUGACUCCAGCCGAUAAUGUGGCAUUUUCGGCCGAAGAACUGAGAGCCUACCAAUGGUUCAAGCAUCGACGCAUCGAGAAUGCAUUCACCAAAAAGCAAGAUAAAAUCUGGGGCAUAGGAUACGAUGUGCCGAUGCGUUGGGCCGAUGUGUUUCCACGCAAGAAUCUGACACAGUCUGAGUGGAUUGUGCCUCGCGUCCAGCCAUCAGAAGAAUUAAACGAGAAAGGUCCGCAUACGUUCAUGUGCAACAUGGGUGAAUUGUACCCGAAAAAUUCCAUGGAAGAGUAUUCGCUGGAAGAAAUCAUACGCAUAAAACGUGAAUCGUGUGCAAAAGGAGGGAACACGACCAGAGGCAAAGUUUUUAGCGAUCAGCCAAAGACAAAACCGGCCAGCGGUGCCAUUCAAAAGAUGCGAUUUGGUAAAACGUCUACAAGAAACAAACCAGUUCCAAAUCGUCCAAAAGGUCUUGGUGAUGACAUUUUCAAACAGCAAAUGGAAAUAGCCAGAGCUAUGAACCGAGUCAAAAAUGUCAAACCAAAAGCACUGCUAUUCGCCGACGAAGACAAGGAGAACAUUUUCAUCCCAGAGAAUUUGCAACAUUUAAACACACCAGCAGCACAGCGCAAAACUCAAUUCGACUUCUGGGAGAAUGCACAGGCAUUUGCCGGCAUCGAAAGCGACGGAUAUUCAGCUGCAGCAGCUUCGGAUACAAGCUCAACGUUAAAGUUAACGACAUCAGUGGAAGAAGAUAUGGCUACUGUGCAAGAUAUGAUCACCAAUGUUUGGAAUGCAAUUGGAAAUAAUCUCAACGACUCGCCGGCUGAUCCAAAUGUCCGGAAAUCCAUCAAACAACCGGUUGAUUGUUCAACUCCGAUCAAGAAACCAGCGCAUAAUUACUCAUUUUCGUAUGAAUUGCUAGAGACAACAGCCGAAUUUGAGCGCCUAGAGGCACUGUGUUCAAUAUCACCGGUCAAAGGAUCAUCUCCGGUAUACUAACAACUGGUCAUCGAAAUCCCAUCGAAACGAGUUCAAAGUUUACAUUCAAAGUGAGUAAUCUUUUCAAUACGCACCAAUUUUCCAAACAGGGUAAAUUGAGAUCUACAAAACGAAUUUGUCUCCAUUUCAUUCCAUAGAUGCAUUCAUCAGGCGACCCACAUUCGAAACGACUUCGUUUAAAUGCAAUUCACGAUGGAUUUUAUCAUCAAACUAUCAAAAACUAAUGAUUCAAAUGAAACUAAAGAAAUUCGAUCUAGAGAUCAAUUGUCUGAAGUGAUAACAAUGUGAUUUUAACAUAAGGACAGAAGAAAAUUGUAUAAUAUUGUAAUAUUUAUUGAUAUUGAUUCGAUUGAAACAGAAUAAAAGUUAAUCACUGUGAUUCGUAGAGGUAGAAUGAUCAUUUUGCGAGCAUUGUAUUCAGAGAAAAUUAAAUGAAAAGGAACAUCACAAUGUAUUGAAAUGAAAAAAACUGUCAAAUUCACGAAUGAAUCUAGUUAUAUUUGUUUUUGGGCUCUUAAAAUUAUACAAAGUAUCUAAUAAAUAGAAAUGACUCUUUAUUGAA